AUGUCACGACCAACUACACCCUCAACACCUGUUCGACCACCAAGAUCCGAAAGACGAUUAACUCUCGAAUCAAUCGCUUCAUUGCCUACUCAAGUACCAAGCGAUCGGUCCACUCCUCCACCUCCUUUGCCUUCCUCCUCACCAGUCUCAUCAGAAGAGAGUGAACCUCAGACACCAAAGACUGCCACUACACCUACUAGUCGACCAAAAUUAGCUAAUAGAAAAUCGACCUCUUGGAUCAAAAGGAAGCCAGUACCAUCCACACCCGAAGAUCUAUCUCUAUCCUUGGAAUCAGCUGGAUUGCCAUCUUCAAAAUCUUUCGAUAGCUCUUUGAUCGCAAUCACAAGAUUGUCCAGAGAAGAACAGCCUCCAAGGUAUAUUUUACCUGUUGAUGUACCAGUACCACUUCCCGUCUUCGCUCAGGAUCAACCUGAGGCUGGACCCUCAUCAUCAUCAGCAUCCCAGACAUCACAGAUAGAUUUCUCAGCUUCUAGACCACCUUCUUACGCCAAUGAGAACCACCAGGCUCCUCGACCGAUCAUCACCGCUUCCAUUCCUACUUCCGAAAACCACCAGACCAGCCAUGACGAACUAUACUUCGAUCCAACCGCCGGAUUAGGCGGUCAUCAAUCACCGACAUUCACUUUACAGUCGUCUGACGCACUGCCAUGUUACGCGGAGGAGACUCAGACGGAACCCAAGACGCUGGCUAGAGCUUUGUGGAAGUGGGGUUGGAUAUGUCCUCUGUUGUGGAUCAUCGGGAUGUGCAUUAUGUGGAUCCCAUUGAAACCAAUCGAGGAAGAGAGUGAUCCGGAGAAAGCUCAAAAAUUAGAAGAGAUGAUCGUUAUCUUGAGAAAGGCGGAAAUGAAAUAUGCCAAAAGAUGCGCCUAUGGUACAUUAGGAUUCUCAGUAUUGUUAAUGACUAUAAUCGUUAUUGCUAUUGUACUUUCAAAGGUCUUGGAAUAA